AUGGGCCGAAGACCUAACGCUAUCGUUUCGGAAUUCUUCAAUAGAGGAAAUAAGCUCCCUGAUUCGAGCAAUCGCUAUGAACACACUUGCAAGCUAUGCGGGGAAAGUUUCCCAAAGGGUAGACCGGAUAGCCUUCUAACCCAUUUAAUGAAAAACUGUCAGGCGAUAUCCUUCGCAGAUAAACAACGAGUACUUCAUCUCUCUCGCGUAUCUAUAGGAGCUGGCUCCAGGCAACUCUCAACAAACGGCCAAUCCGAUAUCGUGCCUAGGAAUAUCUCUCUAGAUACUACUAGAACUGCUUCUUUUAACAGUGUUGGAGGCCUCAAUGGCUUGAAUGUACUUGCUGAGGCAUCUCGGCGAGUCGGUGCAACCGACGAAACAGGAGACGCCCAGGAAAAUACCCAUAACGAUAAGACCAUUGUUGUAGACCCAACUUUAGAACACUCUGGCAAUAUUAUAAUCGACUUCGAGGAUCAGUUCACGGCCUCCCCAAAUCAAACCCCCCAGUUAUUACCUGUUCAUGUUAAACUCGCCCCGUCUGCCCGAUUCACGGGUCCAGGACUAUCCUUAGGUACAGAUACUCUAGCAGACAUACGCCACCCCUCUCAACUUUCGCUUAUAGCUGCGUCGGCAAAUGAGAUCGUCUCAGAAAGCACUGCUGAGACUUUUAUUUCGGAUCAUAACAUCAUUGCCUUUUCCUCCGAACCACUUGACAACGCAAAUCGCGCUAUCUACCCUCGACCAAUUGGCCUUCGUAUUAGCCCUCCCGUAAGCACCGAAUCUUCUAACCAUGCUACCGUUAACCGAACCAAACAUAAAUCACGGUCUGCAUUCUCCGAGGAGCGACGGAAGCAGGUACAGUUGGUUCGCAAGAUGGGGGCAUGUCUUCGGUGUCGGAUGCUGAAGAAGACUUGCUCUGCUGGUACACCAUGUUCUCAAUGCAAGAAUCUUCAGAACCCACGUGUGUGGAUGGAAUGCUGCUUCCGAACUCGACUAAUGACUCGAUUGGAAGCAUAUUCAGUUGGCUUGCACUCUACUGUGGCUUAUCACGACAUCAACAAUAUUAGAUCUCAGGUUCAUUUUGAACACUCAGGAGGCCGUAUCGAAGUAACCCAUUUUGAGGGAGAUCCUUCAUUUGUUCUUACCUUUAAUACGCUUUACGCUCAGAAACAAACAGUAGCUGAGCUAGGCUCACAGUUGUCUAUUUCUAGUAAUAAUUCGGAGCCUGGAGCCCAGUCACAGGAUGUCCAUAUAUUAGACGGAGAGGUGGAAGAGCUGACUGGGAAGUUGGAAGCUUAUAUUAAGCGAGUUACAGACCAAUUCUUCAAGGCAGAAUCGUCAGAAAUUAUUAAACAGACACUAAUAAUGGCAUCCGAUCUUUGCAAAGCUAGCCAGGAUGAUCUUUUGGAGGGUGUACUUGAGCUCUGGGCCACCACGUCGGUCCUUGUUGGCCCACUCCUCCCAUGGAAAAUAUUUCUAAACCCGACGCUGCCACCAACAGCAAUUCAGCCUCUAUCUUCCAGCUCAAGCGAAUGGCGCAUUCCAAUCAGGAAAGAGGAUGGACCUGAGUCAUACUCGCUAAUUUGCUCACAAUUAUGCGGUGCGGUGGAAAAAAGAGCGGCAAAAAUUAGUAGAGCUGUUUUAAAUAAGAUUGAGCAGAGACUACUUCAAAGGCAGAGGGAAGGCAACUUUCGGACAUUUUUAGCCUCCCUUAUUCUAUUAAAUUGUGUUGAGAGAAUGUCAUGGUUAUUUCACACGUGGCAGGGCGGAAUAUUGGCAAGAAGGUGGCCUCUUGAACGUAGCCCUGCAGAUUUCGCUGCCCAAGGUGACAGGUUCUCAAACAUCAUUGCAACACAUUUAAAAAUGCGAUCCCUCGCCCCGGCUUUUCUCAUUGAACCUGGUACGGGUGUUUUGAUAGGAAGUGAUGUAAACGAGGACACUGCAAGUCGAUGGUUCGAUACUGUCAGGAUUAGUCAAUCGUAUCUUCUUGCACGUCAAGCAGCAAGCUUGGACAUAACUGACUGGCGAUCUCUUGAUUUCAAAUACUGCUCCUCACUAAUCCUCUCUACCGAAAAUGCAAGGUUCCCAGUUUAG